GACCAGGCCUCUGUUUGGACCCCCUUGGAUGCCUGGUGGACAGCAGGUGUACACUGAGGUUUGCUAAAUGGAAUCGAGGCAAUGGCACCCCCUGCAUCUCCCCAAGACCCCUGAGCCCUGAAUCCCUCCGGGGCAAGCACCUGGGCGGGUGGUGGUGGCUUCCCUCCCUUUUCCAGCCCGGUCUCUCCUACAGCCUACCAACAGGCCCGUCCUCCCUGCCCUCUGCCCCUCCCCUCCGGCAGGACCUUAGCAACCCAGCCCUCAUUGGCUGCACGUAUCCUUGGAGACAAGACACCAACAGUGCAAACACAGGCCAGAGAACUGCGGGCAGAAUGUUUCCGACCUCGCUGCCACCCCCCUCCCUGGCAUGAAGGACCUGCUCACCGCCCAGGGCCAAGCCUGCUGGAAGGAGCGCAUCAGGAAGGAGACUGUCGCCCGCGCCACCUGGACCGUCACCCAUGGCCACAAGUACGCCAAGGAGAGGUCCCGGCCCGGGAAGCGGCCCCAGCAGGCCGUCUUCCACCCAGCCCUGGGAGGGGGGUCCCUGCCUGCCCCCGGCUCCCCUGACGGAAGGACCGGAAGGACCGGAAGGACCGGACUGCCAGAGACGGAGAGGGUCGGAGCCCAGCCGCCCGGGGGAAUGGGAGACCAGGAGGCCCAAAGAGCAGCGCGGGCGCCCGCAGGCCAGACCAAACCGGAGACCUUAGAAAUGAGGCCGGUGCCUCUGCACACCCUGCAGCUGCUCUUCCACGGUGUCUCCCACGACGGCCAGGGCCGGGCCUCGUACCUCCGGGAGCGGAGCCGGCAGAAGCCCGCAGACAAGUUUCAGUACCCCAUCUUGUCCUCCUGGGAGUACGGCUGGCACCUGGGGGAUGUUGUGAAGAACUCCAGGACUUCGAUAUAUGCCAAGUGCCAGUCCAUCGCAACCACCUUUCAGAGCAAAAACGGCGUCUUCUAUUUCCCCCAGCGAACAGACCAGCUGAUGUGAACUCCGCGGGGUUCUGAAGUGGCUCCUUUCUGUGCCCUCGUCCAGCUGGACCCCGCGGCGGGGAGAUGCUGCGCCC